UUGUUUUCUUAUUCCUCCUGUUUCUGUCAGUAGUCUGCUGGUUUGGGUUGGUGAGGGCUUGAAGUAGUUUGUGGUUAAGCUUAGUGUUAUAUAGUAAAUCUAUUGUGUUAGUUUAAUCAAAAUAAAACAAAAUUAUUAUUUAUUAAGAUUUAAACAUGUAAAUCUCAUCCUAACAGUGCUGUUAACUUUUAAACUGGAUAUGUUUAAUUAAUUGCCUGAGGCUAAGUAGUUUUGUUGGCUGUCCAGUUUCUUGAAAGAGAAUAUGCGUAUCCGUCGUUUGGCCUGGAUAGGGGCAGCAUUCCUCCUUCUAGGAUAUGUUACACUCUAUUUACUGUUGGAUCUAUCGUUUCCAUUGGACAGUCAUAAGGAAUCCAUACAAACGUCUAGAAGAAAAUCAAAAUACUUUGGGACUAACGAUAUAGAGUUUAGUAAUAUCAGUGAUAUCUUCAGUGAUAUCAUGACAAAGAAACAAGACUCAAGGCCUGUAUUCAGCAGCUUCCUCUCCGAGUCAUCCUGUACCAGCCAGCCCAACCCAGAAUCUCAAGUUAACAUACAGAUGCUUCGAAUAUAUGAUGAAUUAAAAUUUGAUAAUCUAGAUGGUGGAGCCUGGAAACAAGGUUGGAAUGUAGUAUACAACAAGAAUCAGUGGAACUCUGAAAAAAAACUUAAGGUUUUUGUAAUGCCACAUUCUCACAACGAUCCAGGUUGGAAAAAGACAUUUGAAGAUUAUUACCAAACUCAGACUAGGUCGAUAUUGAACAAUAUGGUGGUUAAACUCAUGGAAGAUCCCAGAAGAAAAUUUAUAUGGGCGGAAAUAUCAUACUUCUCCCUCUGGUGGCAAGAGAUCAUGGAUGACAUCAAAGAAAAAGUUAAAAUAUUGUUGGCUCGGAAACAACUGGAGAUUGUGACGGGCGGAUGGGUGAUGAAUGACGAGGCCAAUGCUCACUACUACUCCAUCAUACAACAACUUAGCCAUGGUCAUCAUUGGCUGCAGCAGCAUCUCAACUAUACACCCAGAUUUGGCUGGGCAAUAGACCCAUUUGGCCACUCACCGACUAUGCCAUACGUACUGAAGAAGAUGGGAAUCGAAUCUAUGCUCAUUCAACGAACGCAUUACUCAGUGAAGAAGCACCUAGCAAAGAGAAAGGAGCUGGAAUUCAGAUGGCGCCAAACUUGGGAUGGCAAUGGCACCACUGACAUCCUGACGCACAUGAUGCCCUUUUACAUUUACGAUGUUCCCCACACCUGCGGUCCAGACCCCAAGAUCUGCUGCCAGUUUGACUUCAAGCGAUUGCCUGGAUACGGAUUCACCUGCCCUUGGAGGGUUCCCCCCCAGGUCAUCACCGACAGCAACGUCGCUCAUCGGGCGGAACUGCUGUUGGAUCAGUACAGGAAAAAAGCCCAACUGUUUGCGACCAAUGUUGUUUUGGCACCAUUGGGCGAUGACUUCAGGUACGAUCAUCCUACAGAGUGGGACGCGCAAUACAACAACUACCAGAAGCUUUUCGAUUACAUGAACAAUAACCCGGAGCUGAACGUUGAGGCCCAGUUCGGUACCCUGACUGACUACUUCAACGCAGUUGUGAAAGAACGACCACUGGAACAAUUCCCUUCUCUGUCAGGAGAUUUCUUCACUUACGCUGACAGGGAUGACCACUACUGGAGCGGGUAUUACACAUCCAAGCCAUUCUACAAGCGGAUGGACCGAGUGCUGCAAGACUACCUGCGUAGUGCAGACAUAGCGUCUGGUCUGGCUUGGCUGCGUGGGCUGACUCUGUCCCCCAAAUUGGCAGACAUGCUGUACACAGCCCGCAGCAGUCUCUCCCUGUUCCAGCAUCAUGAUGGCAUUACAGGCACUGCCAGGGAUUAUGUUGUCCAGGAUUAUGCUAACAAGAUGUUGUUGGCGAUUAACAACUGUCAGCAUGUGAUACAGCAGAUGGCCCAUUACCUGCUGCACCCUGACAAGAGCACAUAUGAGGCGGACGAUGACAAGGUGUAUUUUGACCUGGACCAUGUGCGGAGGCUUGCUCACAGUCUGCCGGAACAGAAGACUUUGGCGUUUAACUCCAUCCAGGAAGUACAGCGGGUGGUCAUCUACAAUUCUCUCACCUACCAUCGUCAGGAGGUCGUUACCCUCCGUGUCUCCACCCCUGAUCUGAAGGUGACUGACUGGAAGGGCAACGUUCUCCAGGCUCAGGUAGACCCUCACUGCCAGCUGCUGGACAUGAACAGCCAGUGCUACGAUCUGUCAUUUGUUGUCUCAGUGGAUCCUCUGGGAAUGGAAACUUACCUCAUCCACCUUGUCUCACCCGAUGACAGUUCCAAGGCCUCUCGGGUCAAAAUCAAGGUGCUGAACUCUGGAUGGACGCACAGUCAGAAGGAGAUGUUUGAGGAUUGGGUGAAUGAAUUUGACAGUGAUAAAGAGUUCUCUAUCCAAAAUGAGGUUAUGUCGGCCGCGUUCAGCAAGUCCAGCCUGUUGAAGGCAGUCACAUUCAAGAAAUCUGGCAAAACCAUUCCUCUGCACCUUAAUUUUGUUAAGUACUCGGCGAGGCCGGGCAGGGAGCGCAGUGGGGCUUAUCUCUUCUUGCCGGACGGAGAGGAGAACUUACAUUUCGAGUCUCCCCUUACUCUGGUCUUCCAAGGACAGAUCAUGUCGAAAGUGUUUGUCCAGUUACCCAACGUUCAGCAUAGUGUUAUUCUGUACAACUCACCAGGCGCUGAUGGUCUCGGCCUGGAAAUACAUAAUUUAGUUGACAUCACGUCUCUCAACACAAAUUAUGAACUGGCAAUGAGACUGUCGAGUAAUAUCAACAACAACAACGUCUUCUACACAGAUCUCAACGGCAUGCAGAUUAUCAAGAGGAAGAAGUACAGUAAGCUGCCACUGCAAGGUAAUUUCUACCCAAUGCCGACGACCAUGUACAUAGAGGAUGACGACACUCGGCUAACUCUUUUGUCGGCGCAACCGUUGGGAGCCGCAUCUCUCAGGGAAGGCCAAAUAGAGGUGAUGCAGGAUCGUAGACUACUUCAGGACGACAACCGAGGACUGGACCAGGGUGUGAUGGACAACCGACCCACCCUCUGCCUGUUCCGUCUGCUAGUGGAGGAACCCAAGCAGGAUGACUGUGGACCCCAGGAGCCGAGCCACACAGCGGCAAGCUACGCUGCGGUGCAGAGUCUGAACAGUCCCCUCCACCGGCUACUGGCCCCUGACCCGGACAAGGUGGCAGGGCUGGAGCCGACGUUCCGGAGUGGAACAGCAACGGGGGCCAGCACACAUCUGGUGUCUCUUUCUGUAGUCAACUCCGUGAGAGAACCGAGCUCCGUGGGCCUGAUCAUACAUCGGACCCGAUUCGACCAGUGCUUCUCGCCACCGCUUAAUCAAGAGGAUUCUGGGAGAGUGAACGUCAGCUCUCUGCUCUCAAUAACCUCGGACAUGACUCCCACGUCACUAUCUUUCUUGUACAAAGGAACACCAGUGAGCAGCUCUCAGGCUCAAGAUCUUUGUCCGUUCUCAAUUCUAGCAUUUUUAAUUCCAAAGCAGUCGGCGUAGUCAUAAGGGGUAUUAGUGAAUAUUUGUAAUAUAAGGAUGUUAUAAGUACGAUAUAAGGAUGUAAUAUAAUUUUAACAUGUUCACUGUGUUACAAAUAUCCGGUUACUUCAUGCUGUUGUAAAUUAUUAUAGUACAGACCAAAAGCGAUGGCCUUUGCUCUUUUGCAUUUUUUAUUUUAUUUUCGUAAUAUAGUUAAUUAAGUAAAAAUCGUAUUUUCAGACAUUUUAAAGUUUACCACUUUGAAAACCAAUUUUACACCAAAAUCUGCUUUAGAAAAUUAAUAACAAAUUACUUUUAACACACUAAGUUAUUCAUUUUUAUGAAUAUGGAACAAAUAAUCUUUAAAUAGUUCGACAGUACUGGUCAUUUACUAUUGACCACUGAUCAGUGGUUGGUUAUUGUUUUCUGAUAUAUUAUGACCUUUAUUCUUUAGUUGAUCAUAAUUAAUGUUUUUUUUUAUCAAGUGCAUGUGUUAGUGUAUGUGGAGUUGAUACACAGCAUGUUUGUUGUGAUAAUUCCAGACUUAUGCGUGUCAUGCUUUUGUAUGAUUUGUUUAUUUUAACCUAGAUUGUAGUCAUGUGUUAGAUUAGGUAUCCACCUGAGAAAGAGAUUAGAUUACAGAUCUCAAAACAUAGUGUUACUAAUUUUUUGUAUCACUGAAUAUUGGAAAAUGUCCAAAAAACGUUUGUCAAUAACCAACUAUAACUCUGCAGGUAAGAUUGGUCAAAUAGUGUCCAUUGAUUAUUAUAUCAACUCGCGAAAUCAGAAAGAAUUUUAAUAGUAACAUUUCUUGUAAAAUAACCUUUACCUGUAACUGAGAAAUGAUACAUGGAAAAUUAAUUGCACCAAUGUUUAAAAAUGCAGUAACUGGUGUUGCUCUAAGUAAAGUUAUAAACAAUACAAUAACACAGUGAACAUGUCAGUGAUAGUUUUAAUGAUUGUAAAUUGUUUUCAACUCAUAGAUAAUUGCUUUUUUCCAGUUUGUAAAACUUUGAUAGUGUACAGUUAAAUUUAAAAUCAAUGUUGUAGUGAGUUUACACAAAUGAUAAUGUGUACACAAAUGACUUUUGCAGUUUCGUUUUUUUUUAAUUUCUUCUAUACGUUGUUUAUAAAUAAUGACAAACAAUACAUGACGUCAAAAAAAAAAAAUGCUAUUAGUUUAGUAGUAGGUUACAAUUCGUGAAUUCGAGAGUGGAAGGGCAAAGUAGAAUUUAUUUAGAGUAAAAUAAAUGACUGUUGAGGCAAUCUCAAUUGAAGAAAAUGAACAUGAGGUUAUUUCAGUAAAUGUUUUAAAUUUGUAUCCAUUUUACAAAAUCACAUUAGUCAGGACGUAGAAAAGGUAAAGGAAAUUGUUGAAUUGACUUUGAUGGUUUUGGUACCAUUAGUUUAACUCCCCAGUGCAUACGUAACGUGGAAGUACGUAAUAAUUUAUCCCAAAUUAAAGUAUUAAGAAAUUGGAGUCUAUAAAUGAGAUUUUCUAUCUCUUAUUUAGCCUACAUGAUGAGGAGUACAAAUGUAAAAUAUCUGAUUUUUCAAUGACAAUAUUUUAUGUUUUAAUAGUUACUUUAUUUUGGAUGAGUGUUUAAAAUUUUAUGGUAUUGAUAGUAAGUUAAAUGCAUAUAGGAAAUAAAAUAAAGAAAUAAAGAAGGAUAAGCACUUCUCCAAGUAAUUUCAAUGUUAAUUUCAUGGACUAGCUGUCACAACACAAGCACAGUUAAAAGUAAAGAGGAACAAUUUUUGUAAUCAUAGUUGUGAUUUGUUUUCGGGAAGGAGCUGUUCUACAAUAAAAUCUAUUAUAGUGUCAAUUUUCAUAUAUAUAUGACCAAUGACCUCUAGAUAUACCAAAAUCUAUUACAAAACUAUAUAUGACAAUAUAUAUAUAUAUAUAUAUAUAUAUAUAUAUAUGACUUUCUACGUAUCAUUUUGUAUGUAAUAUUAAUGAAUACUCAGGAAAUAAAUAUCUUUAUGCGACUGUUUACUACUUAAAAUAAUGAAUAUAAUGAACCAAACCAAUGGUUGAAAUAAACUUAACAUGAAUGUAUAAUUUAUGAAAUGUUAAAAUCAAAAAUAAAUAAUGUCACAUUACAGAUCAGAAAAGUUAGUGUGACUGGAACAAAUUUCCAAAGGCAUAAGAUACCAGUUGAUAUAUUCUGUUCCACCUACUUUCUUCCACAGCACAUAAAAGGCAAGCAUUUCUGAGAUAAAUGGUGGUCCUUGGAAGAUAUUUCCAAAUCAUUGAAUGUAAAUUUAAGGGAAUAGGUCGGAACACUGAAUUCAAAAUGAAAAGUCCUCAGUGGGGCAAAAUUAACAUCUGUGCAAAAUUUCAUGGCAUUUUGAUUUUAAGUUCCUAAAUGUUUAGUAGUUGAAAUUGAAAAUUAAAGCCAGUGAAAUCUUGUCUUCUUAUCGAAGAUAAAACAGAAAUAAAGUAUGUGCACCAAUUUUUAAGAAACAUUUUUUUUUAAUGCAGUCUGUUGCGUAGUCACACAUAUACUGUACAGGGUGUUUCAUAUGAGGUUGAUAGUAAUUUGGAAUUGAUAGCAGACUCAAACAAAGUUAAAAAGUUCCUAUGUACAUAUGUCUUACUCCAUAAACAAAAAAUAUGUUUCUGUUGUAACUUUGCUUGCUAUUUUUUCUAUCAAAUCCUUUGUAAACAUAAUGUGAACCCUUUUACGUAUUCCAAAAUGAUAACGGUUUUAAGAUUUUAUUGUCGAAUUUCAUGAGAAUUACUUAACAGCAAAAGAUGACAAUAAGAAAAAUUUAUAUUUAAGAAAGACAAAACUUGUUAUACCUUUUUUGUUAGUGCCAAUCGGAAAAAUAACUGAGAAUGUGGAUAUUUACUUAUAAUAGACAUCUUUGAGGAUGUAUGAAUUUAACAAAUUAGAUGUUUUUGCCACUGGUAGAGUGAGGAAUUUAUCUAGAGGAAGAGUCGGUACAGUACAAGGUUGAAUUAAUGAUCAAAAGUUCGUCAGUCACAGAUAGGAUUUGAACAUGUACCAUCUCUAACUCAGAUCCAAAGUUCGACCCUUUAGACCAGCGAUUCUCAGGCUGGGGGUACACCCCCUGGGGAGACAUAGAAGUUUUUCAAGAGAAAUAGGAAAGUAUUCCCCUAAACACAUGGCUUGCAAGCGAUUCCCUUAAUGCUUACGUGUAACUUUAAUUAUGUGUUUAUUACGUAAUUCUUAAUAAACACCAUGCUUAACAUGUGCAUGGUUUGUUAGUAGUGAACUAAAAUUUUCUGGACCAGUAAACAUAAAAAGUGGGACAGACAAUUUGUAUGUUGUUAUAGUAGGCCUAAAAAUGGCCAAAUCACUUCAAAAUAAAAGACUGUAUAGUAAUGUUUAUAUUAAAUAUGAAUUCAUUUUUAUUGACAAAACUGUUUUUAAUUACCUCAGUGCGUUAUUUACAAUUUUGUUUCGAGUAAUUAUGCCAUGCGACCUAGACAUACCCUAUUGUACUGGAAGUUUUCGAAUGUGAAACGAGAAAGGAAUUGAAUCUACCACUUCAAUGAAUCAACAAAUUUAUUUAAAGACAUUGUUUCUUGGCAUUUCGUAUACUGAACACUAUUUUCCAGAUGUUACGACAAAGAGUUGAUAAGAUAUCCUUUUAAAAUCAAUUUGGAUGUACUUCCUAACCGCAUUCCAGAACAGGCAAUCGUUAAAAAAUGUGAUUCUCAAGCAUUGACAGAACUUCAAAACAUGAGUGUUAAAGACAUUUAGUUUUGACUUUCUCUGAAUCGUUGAUGUAGUGUUCCUGUUUACCCACAAGCUGCAAAGUUGUUAGUGCAAUUUUUAUCCACAGGCCUCUGUGAGUCUGGAUUUUUUAAAUUGGCUUAUCCAAAUUUCGAGAAAGACUAGACUUUAAAAGGUACCUGUGAUAUGCUUUGUCACAGUUACAAUCAAAUAUUUAAGAAAUUAAAAGAAAAACAGUGUCAAUCUUCUUACCAAGUUACAAAGUGAGUGAAAUAAAGCAUAAUUAACCUCCUUUUGUAGAUUCCAUAAAAAUAUUGUUUAGUUCUGUGUUUUAUUAAACUAGCUGUAGUAAGUGUAGGCAAAGACUGUAUGUUCAGAAAUGUAUUUGAGGUGAUACUAAAUGUUUUGUAAAAAUGUAUCAAAUAUUUAAUUUUAAAAGUCUAAGCUAUACCCUAACCUAAAAAUUGAAAUUUUACUUCUAGUGUUGAUCACACAAGGUGAUGAUGAUUGAGAAGAGGCGUGACCAAAUGUCAGUGUAUUAAAGGAAGCACAAACUCUAAAUGGUUGAGAAGCCCUACUUUAGACCAACAGUAUUCUCUCAUUCUGUUUGAUAAAAAUCCUUGUAGAGGUUGGUGGUGAUCCGCCAAUACAGACAAAAGAUAGGUGCAAAGAUACUGGUCUGGUCUUUGAAGUAUUCUUUGUACCAAUUAAAAUACAUUAUUUAUUUGUUCAUAAAAAGCUCAUAAAGACACAUUGUCAUCAAAUGCAAAAUUUCAAAUUAUUAGCUCACUUUAUUCUCUAGAUUCUUCAGACAGGCAUGUAAAUAGGUCAGGAGAAAAGAAAAUUUUCCAGUCCCGAGGCAGACAAGAGUAAUUUUACAAGAGUACUGAGUAGGCUUUAAUGACAGCCAAAUGUCAUAAAAUGACAUGCGCCAUCAUCAAACUCAUUGUUGCAUAUACAGAAAUGAAACUUCAUGCAAAAUUUCAAGGCUGUUAGUUUGUUCUCGAGAUAUUGUGCAGACGGACAGAUAGACGAAGAUUGCAUUUUACUCUAGUGAUAUGCUAUGCUACUACUCAGCCUACAAUAACACUAGUCAUUCAAGAAAAUUAAAUUAAAUAGAAUGAUAUCCUUAAAGAAGAUUUAUAAAAUCAAUUUGACAGAAAGAGCUUAAAAUUAUUUCAACAUACCGUCUUGUAAUUAAAAUGAACUAUUUUUAAAGUAAAAUCAAUUCUGUAGGAUAAUUCCAGUAAUUUUUAGAUAAAUUAAAUAAAGAAUAGAUGAGAGUGGAUAUACAAUGUAAAACCUUCAAAUGUCAAUUAGUUUUUAAAUAAAACCUUAAAUUGAUGAAACAGUGAGUUAAUUAGAGUGAUUUUGUGGGUCUGUGGUUGUUUGAAGUUUACAUAGUAGAUAACAGCUAUUACAAUUACCGUAAUUGCUUUGUUUGUUUGUUCCGGUAAAUUAAUGCUAGUUGACAUCUGUAUCAUUUGCUCUAAUGUAGAAUCCUUUUGAUAUUAAGUAAUUUAAGGAAUAUUUUCAUACGGCUUUUAUUUAAAAGUUAUUCCACGGAAUCGUGUACACAGGACUUUGGGAGGGGGGAGGGAAUUUUAUCUUUAAAAUCAAAUGGAAUGUUGAGAGAGUGGGAAUUAAGGAAUAGGGCAAAUAUCUUACAUACUAAAUUUGGUGGGAGAGGAAUGUAUUUCGAUAUCCCACUGAUUCUCUAUAUUUGUUUUUAGAUUUAAGCCAUUUUAAAAUUCUAGAACAUAUUUAAUUUAAUAAUCAAAUUAGUUAAUUACAUUUUUGUACAAAUUUAUAGGAGAGAUUAAAGGUUGAAUAAGUAUCUAGAUACAAUAAUAACAAUUUGUAAUAAUAAUUUAUUUGACCACUACUCUAUUUGUUUGUUGCAGAAGUGACAUUUUAUUUGUGUUGUUACACACAGUGGUCUGGAACAAAGAUAAGAAUUUAAUUAUCAAUGUCAUAUUAAAAUUUUAAAUAUGAAUUUAUUAAAACAUGAACAAACAUUUUAGACACACAAAUUGUUAUGACAUUUUAUAAUUAGUUUAAUUAGUUAGUAUACAUCUAUAUUGUUAUAUUGUAUUUCUUUAAGUGUACAGUUUUAAAUUUACUUAAUCCUUGUUGUAUAUGUUACAAUAGUUUGUUUACAGUGAAACCUUCAUAAUCUGAAAUAAUUAGUACUGGGUUUGUUCAAACUGUUAAUCACAGUGUUUUUUUUUUAUUUUUGUUUUUUGGUCAGAAGUACAAAACAGUAACGAAGAUAAACAAACAAGGUAGCCUUCCAACCUGGAAAACUCAAAUUUUUGUGUAUUGGAUAAAUUUGACAUUAAACUAGUAAUUCCUUGGUAUUAGAGUAUAAUAAUAUAACUAUUUACAUGUAAAAUUUUCUUUUUAUUUUACACUAUCUGAUUUUAAUGGUUUCAAAAUUAAUGACCAUUUAGAUUAUGAAGUUUUCAAGGUUCUUUUGUAAUUUUUUUCAUAUUCAUUUAUCCUUCUGUGAUUGAUUAAGAAUCGGUUGUUAUUAACAUUUCUGUUAGAGUUGAUUUUUGUAAAGUUUUAUUUUACUUUUUGUAUUUAUUUUAUAUAUAAUUUUUUUGUUUAUUCAGCUGUAAUAAAUAUUGGCCACUUCAUUUAUAUAGUCAUUUCAAAUCUGUAGUACUCUGGAGUGUUUAGUAAAAUUGUUUUCAAUAUUUACAUUUCAAUAGUUUUGUUCAUAGUAGUUGUAGUUUUAUAUCCAAACUGUAACAAGUGUAACAUUUUGAUCCCUAAAGCUUUAACUACUAAUUGGUUGGAGUUAUUUAUUACUUUAGAUAAUUUCCCCAACAGUUGAAAUAUGGGAUGCUCAGUUUGAAUCAUUGGUGGCUACAAGAUAAUAAUAAUAAUCAGUGCAUGACCUUUUUACUGUCUUUAUAAAUAUUAAUUAAACACGUGCCAUUUGGGGCAAAAAAUGUACAAGUAUCUAUCGUUGUUUUGUCUUUUCUCUGAAGCAGAGCCACGAGAAGUUGGGAUUUGGGUGUGGUGUAAUGUUGUCUAUAUUGAAGUUGCGAUAUUGAUGUGACAAAAUAUUGUCUGCUGUGCAGAUGUAAGUUAUAAUUGUGAUACUGAUAUGGACUUGGUUAUUAUUACAAUAUAAAUAAAUAAUGACUUUUCUAUUUUA